AUGUCCAUGACAGUUCAUCACAGUACAGGCACCCACACAUGGACCAGCACCCGCCCUAUUCCGUUAGAAGAGUGGCUUAAUCGAAGUGAAUACACUGAACAUUGGUUAGAUAAACUAGCCAAGCAAUUAAACUCAGCUGAGAGUUUUGAUGCAUCCAGCGGCGAAUUUUACAUUGAACUGUUGUUCUUUAAAAAUCGUCAACGUGGAAGCGGGUGUGAAGGCAAAAAAGGAAACCCCGGCAGUCUGUCGUAUGAAGACAUGCUCAAAAAGAAGAAAUCUCUCAUCACCAUCAAGAAUAAAGAUGACCUUUGUGCUCCGCGGGCCCUUGUCACAGUCCAAGCCCUUGUGGAUGAAAAUCCGCAAUAUAAGACCAUCAGAUUAGGUCAGGGUCAGCAAGGUUAUCUCGCCCAUAAACUUUGUCAAGAAGCCAAGGGACCGUGUGGUACCGAAGAAUUACAACAAUUUCAAGAUCAUUUAGGUCCUCAAGGGUAUCAAAUCAUUGUCUUUGAAGGACAAUGUGGCAUGAUUUGGUUUAAAGAUCAUUCUUACAAUGAUGCCUCCAAAAAACUUUGUCUGCUCAAAGUAAAAAAUCACUUUCACGGUCUGCGUAGCAUUCCAGCGCUGUUAAACCGAAGCUAUUAUUGCCAUCAUUGCGAGAAAGGCUACAACGAAGAGACAGCCCAGAAUCAUAAUUGUCGCGGCCAGAACUGUAUCAGUUGCAGAAGAACGAACGGAGUGUGCCCUAAUUUCGCUACCUAUGUGACACCGGAAGUUUAUUGCGAUCAAUGUAAUAAAAAGUUUUACGGACAGAACUGUUAUGACGCACACAAACAAGGAGCGAAAAGUGUUUGCAGUCGCUUUAAAAAUUGUCACGAAUGCUGCCAAGUGUACAAGUUCAAUCCCAAAAAGAAACAUUGCUGCCAACACGCCCUUUGCCGCAACUGUAAACAAGUCACUCAUGUUAAUCACUGUUGUUUUAUUCAACCGAUUGUGGACGAAGAAAAAACAGACUCAUAA